AUGAUCGAUAUUAACGUAAACAAUAUAUUUUUUAAAUCAUACUCCAUUGAUCCAAACUCUGGACACUCCAUAUAUGUCUUUGAUUCAACAUAUUUACCAGGUCCUACCGAAAUUGGUGGUGAUAAACAAGUAUAUGACUUGUUGAUUGAUGAAUUAAUGGAUAUGUUAAUCACAAAAUUACCACAAUCUCCUUAUUCUUUGGUAGUAUUCUCAUCUGGAUUUACAGAAAAGAAAAUCAGUUGGGUAUAUGGUAUUAAAAUGUUUUCUAAAUUACCUAAAGAAUCAAGAUAUUUUCUGCAAAAGACCUAUAUUGUUCAUGAAUCAUUUUUCAUUAGAACAGUAUAUCAAGUUCUAACGAAUGCCAUUAAUAUUAAAUUUUUACCAAUGCUAGGAAAGGAUACCUCACAAGAAGAAGAUAACUCCCCAGAAAGUUCUGUUGCAGUUGCCCAUGUUCCGGAUCUAACAACAUUAUCUAGAUUGAUUGAUAUCACGCGAUUAAGAAUAUCCUUAAAUGUAUAUCUUCAUGAUUAUGAAAUUAGUGAGUACAUCGAUGUACCAGAAGAAUAUUUUACAAGAUUAACAGAUCUGGCUAAAAGGAAAUAUAGACAACUCAUCUUUGAUAAAAUCUUUAAAAAAAUCAGCAUAUAUGGUGUAAAAUCAGAAUUACUUUUCCAAAAACCAGGUACCUAUAGGAAAGUUAAUAUUUUUCUCGAUGUAAUAGAAAGAAAUAAUUAUAUUGAUAUAUCACAAUGGGAUAUAUAUUCGCUGGGUUCUGUAUUUUUACAUUUCAUUAAGAACAAAGCACAUCCGUUGGUACCAAUUGACAUGGUUCGAUUACCUAUAUCAGAUGACUUAAAUUACACAUUCAAGACAUUUGUGGAGAUGAUAAAUUUUAAUAAUUAUUACCAUUUGUUCAUUACAAUAUUCCCAUUAUUUAUUUCGAUAAUUAAAGCAGAAGAAGUUACAAAACAUACUUCCAAGAGUCUGAGCAAAGCAUUAGUACCGACAUUAUGUAAAGAAAAAAUAUCAAUGAAUAAUGCAGAUAGAUUAGCCAUCGGUUCAAGAUUUAUUAAGAAUUUAUUAGAAAAUUUUGAUCAAAUUGUCAGUUCAUGUGAAAAAUUGAACAAGAGAGGUAGAUCAAUGAGUUCAACUAAGCCACUACCAAAACCACCUGUGAAGAAAAUACCUUCAGUACAGGCAACUCCAGUUUCUACACCACCAACAUCAAUGGGACCACCAAUGUUACCAAAACCUAGAAAAGCUAGUCCUUCCAAAUAUAACACCAGCCCAAGUAGAAGUUCAUCUAAUUUCAACAAUGACCCACGCAGUGAAAGUCCAAUAAAAUCCUUCUCUUCUCUUAAACUUUCAAAAGAUGAAGAUUCAUCAUCUGAUUCAACAGACUCUAUAAAUAGGCCCAAAUCGCCUACACCAUUAUUGCAUAAACCUUCUAUUCCAAACUUAUCGAUUCGUAUUAGUAGUACGGAUUCUACUUUGUUGAGUUCUACUGAAUUAACAGAAGAGAAUUUGACAUUUAAUAACAUGGGUUCCAAUUAUCAGAGUCGUAUAUCGAGCGGUGCAACAGCUGUAUCGGGACAAAGAUCUACUUCGGGGUCUUCUGUUAUGAGAACUCCGCCAAGUACAAUCAGUAUCCCAGAUAUUUCUGAAACAGGUAAGACUGACACCAAUGGGAGUGAAUUUGAUGCGGUGAGAGAUAUGGUAACAGAUAAUGCCACACCACUACCAACAUCAAAAUUUGAGAAAUUUGAUAAAGAAUUAAAAAAGAAGCAGCUAGCGAAGAAAGCAGAGAUUAAGACUAAGGAUCAAUUUUCUCAAGUUGGGUUUUCGGGUAUGAAACAAGGCUCACAAGCUAGUAAAGUCAAUAAAUUGGCUGCGUUGUACGAAGAGAGACUCCAAGGUUUAAAAGUUAUGGAUGAAAUGAUAAAAAAGAAAUGA